UCCGCCCGGUACCAGCACCGCGUGGUAGUCGCUGCAGUCCGCUGCCCGCCGACUUUGGACCGUCGGAGACAUGGUCUGUACCCAGAAAGAGCGCGUCGGGACGACUCCCUCAGUUUGUGCGAAGUAUGAACUGGGAGUAUGAACUGGAAGAAGGCAAGGGCGGCCAGGUCGCGCUGUCUCUUUAAGAACACUCUCCUGCUAACUGAGACCAUGCAGAGGCCUCCAUGGCUGUGAUAAGCCUCAUGUUCUUGGCAGUGAUGUAUGUUGUGCACCACCCCCUGAUGGUCAGUGACCGGAUGGACCUGGACACGCUAGCUAGGAGUCGGCAGCUGGAGAAGCGAAUGAGUGAGGAGAUGCGGCAGUUAGAGAUGGAGUUUGAAGAGAGAAGCCGAGCUGCUGAGCAGAAGCAGAAAGUAGAGAACUUCUGGAGAGGGGACACGUCCAGUGACCAGUUAGUGCUGGGGAAGAAAGACAUGGGAUGGCCCUUCCAGGCCAGUGGCCAGGAUGGGGGGCCUCUGGGCUGGAUACUGGGGAACCUGUGGAAUGCCGGCCUCCUUUGCCUUUUUCUCAUCUUUGAGCUCCUACGACAGAGCAUUCAGCACGAGCCAGCCUUUGAGUCCAGCAGCGAGGAGGAGGAGGAAGAGAUCCGUGUGGUGCCCGUCUCCUCUUACACCUGGCUCUCUGAUUUUCCCUCUCAGGAAGCCCUGGAAUCCUUUUACAAACAUUAUAUCCAAAAUGCCAUCCGUGACCUGCCCUGCACCUGUGAGUUUGUGGAGAGCUUUGUGGAUGAUCUCAUUGAGGCCUGCCGGGUGCUCAGCCGCCGGGAGGCUCAUCCACAGUUGGAGGAUUGCCUGGGCUUUGGGGCUGCCUUUGAGAAGUGGGGAACCCUCCACAAGACCCAGAAGUUUGAUGUCCUGGUGCCCAUUGUCCCUCCCCAGGGCACUAUGUUUAUCUUGGAGAUGAGAGAUCCGGCUUUGGGCCGUCGAUGUGGCUGUGUGAAGGUGGACUCUGAAUGCUUGUGCAAACAUGAGAAGCUCUUGGGGGAUGUUCUGUGCCUAGUGCACCACAGGGACCACUCAGCCAUGUUGAGCAAAUAUACUAGCUCCAUCAAGGCAGCUCUCUGCACCAGCUCGUACCUGGAUGUAUGUAAGACUGUGCAAUGGUUCCGAAACAUGGUGAGCAAUGCCUGGGCACUAGUGGCCCACAAAUACGACUUUAAGCUCACUCUUCCACCAUCCACCACCUCCUGCAAGCUCAGGUUGGAUUACCACUCAGGCCGCUCUCUGUCCAUCAGUUUGGUUCUAGGGGUGCAACGAGAAGAUACCUUGGUCUACCUGGUGAGUCAGGCCCCUGAUCAAGAACAGCUCACCAGUGUGGAUUGGCCUGAGUCUUCUGCAGCUUGUGAACAGUUGUUUCUGAAACUGGUGGGGCGCUUCGCCCCUGAGAAUACCUGCCACCUCAAGUGCCUGCAGAUUGUUUUGAGUCUUCAGGACCAUCAGACCUUACCCUCGGGAGCAUCUCGCCCCUUUCUCACCUCCUACCACUUCAAGACAGCCCUCAUGCACUUGUUGCUACGACUGCCUCUGACAGACUGGCAGCACAGUAUGCUCUCUCAGCGCCUCCAGGACCUCCUCUGGUUCUUAAACCAAGGCCUCCAGCAAAGGUCUCUCCAUCAUUUCCUCAUUGGUAACACCUACCUGCCCCUGACCAUACCCAUCCCUAAGGCAUUUCGGAAUGCUGAGCCUGUCAAUCUUUUCCAGCACCUGGUACUAAACCCAGUGGCACAUUCGCAGGCACUGGAGGAAUUCCACAACCUUUUGGCCCAAGUGAAAACGCUGCCUUGCUCCCCACUGGCUGGAGGACUUUAAUGGAAAGGCCAUUAAAAUAUAUACAUGUAUAUAGGUAUUGCUGAUUCCUCAGGCU